AUGUUGGAGGUGGUUUUCAAGAAGUUGCUCCAGGCGGUCCUGCUGUUUCCGAUGGGACAUGAGCUUCGGCUUGCUGGCUACCCUGACUAUGUGGUGGACAAGACUUGUAACAAGUUGGGCUACAUCGACCCCGUCAGUGGGGUUCCCAACUUGUUGGUAUCGCUAGGAUACGUUACUACCUUGACGUACUUGUACUGUUGCGAUGUCAGCCUUCAGUUUCGCCUUGAGCAGAUCAAGGACAAGCUUCACAUCUCGCCGGUGUGCGGAGAGUUGCUCUAUUCUCAAAUUCCCAAUGGUUACGCCUUCUGUCUCGGAAUGACGGGAACGUUGGAUUGUCUUUCCCACGCUCAAUUCCAGUUGCUACAGGAGUAUGCCUUCGAGCAUCGAACAUUCUUGCCGUCCACUUUGAACAAGAAGCAAAUUCAACGUGGAAGCUUGGAAGUCGUUCACGGGAGCUGGGACGAGUUUUUCUUGCGAGUUCGGAGUGAAAUCGUAGACAUGCUCAAGCUUCAGAGAGCAAUGCUUAUCAUCUUCCACGACAGUGAUUUGCUGAAACAAUUCGCCACAGAGCUGAACAUCCAGAAGCCAAAUCUGCCGCAGCACAAGGGAUACUACAUCCUCUCAGACGAGAUGAAGAGAGGCAGGCGAACAUCUUGA